AUGCGAGAAAGGUCAAAUGUGACAGACAAGAAAAAUGUUCCAACUGCUCUGACGCCGGGGCCGAGUGUCGACGACUUCGCCCUCACCGGCUCUCCAAACCAAAACAUUCCUCGACAGGAAAGGAUUCUGAAUCUAGAAAAAGUAGCCUCCCAAUCGCGCAGUGAAAACCAAAGUCCGAAUCGUGCGCAUCAAGCGGACGGGGAUACGUCUGCAAAGAAGAGAAAAAUUGACCACGCCACGUCACUGGAGAGUACUCCUUGUAGCGGUGCUGAAUCAAUUACCGGUCCUGAGGAUUCAAUUCACCAUGCAAGAAAUGCCAAGUCCAUUAUCCAAAACCUACUCAGCGGCAGUGAGAACAUCGGCCGUGAGCGACAGACAAUCCUCAGAACCGCCAUGAGCCAUGUGGAUAAAAUGGCAAAAGGGGUGGAUUCUGACCUGGAUAAAGACUUACCGUCCCAAACGACAGGUAUCGACGACUUAGAAAUUGCUCCUCCCGAUGCUCCGCCUCCGGAACUACUCUAUAUGCUACUUCAAGAGCCCAUGGCUGUGGUAACGCCAGGUUCUCGACUCCAAUGGCCGGACCAUAUAUCAGACAAUACGCUGGAGAAGGUAGUGGCGUACCUCCUGGAGAGCGAGCCCGGGGGGCAAAUAUAUCACCAAUACUGCAUAUGUGUCUACGUGAAAGGGCUCACUCGCUCAUACAAUAUGUCCAAAGUCUGCCCUAACCAAUCAAUCAGGAAGCAUCUAUGGAGGUCAAUGAUGACAUAUCAGGCUGGUGCCAUCGCUGCUCUUAGGCAGCUUGAUAUCCUUUCCACGCCAAGCCUUUCCCUGGUCCAGUCACUGAUCUCUGCUGCUAUUCUGAUGCAAUAUCUAGGGAAGAUGAAUCAAGCUUGGGUGCUGAAUUCCUACGCCGCCCGUCUGGUUGUCUCUCUGAAUUACUAUGACAUUAUUUCGACUCGCCAAGUCGACGAGGAGAUAUGUAGUGCCUUCAUCUGGUGCUACUUCCUUGACAAGACCCUCAGUGCACUCCUCAUUCGACCGCCAUCGUUACCAAAAACGCAAAUAGCUCCAACAGAUCUGCUUAGGAAGGAUACGGCACUAGUAUAUAGCCCGUUAAUCCGCAUUCUUCUCGACCUUUCUACUGUCCAAGGAGAGUUGCUGGACAUCUCACUUGGAAAGCACGAGGGUUCUCAUCAAGUGUUAGCCACCUGCCAAGCCCUCCAAGACAGAAUGGGCGCAGACACUCAGACACGCGCGUCUCUACCCGACAUUGUGGUGUGUGACUGGCUAGCCGUCGAUUUCUCUUUCUACGCAAUCUUGGUCGACGUUCUCCGAACCCGCCUAAGAUACGCUCCUAGUCCACUCACGCAUCGAGAAUGUCUAUCAUACGCUCGGUCGUCAUUGAAAAUAUUCCAAUGCCUCCAGGAGCAAUUUAGAGACAUCCCUAGUUUUUCUCCAUACCCAGCAUUUCUCUCAUGGACUGUCUUUCUGUACCCUCUAACCCCAUUUUUCGUCCUCUUCUGCAACGUCAUCGGAGCACUGGAUAAAAGCGACUACGACCUUAUCCGCGAAUUCACUCAGGGACUGUCCAGGUUCACGUUGUGUCCAUACAUGGCUAAGGUGUUAAGCCUUUUGACCUCCCUCCAACUUCUUUGCGAUCCAUUGUUCCAGAACAGGGAACAGACGAACCCAGCGACGCGAUCGAGACGAUGGAUUCCAGAGGUCACCACGGAGCCACAGGCUUCAACAUUCACCGAGACGACACUUGCUGCGGAAACCUCACCGCCAUCGGAGUCUGCGGGUCUCUUCGUGCCGGGCCAGAUACCUGCUGAGAUAUCACCCUCCUCAGAUGGACUGAUGUGGCAGUUGUUCAAUAGUCAGCUUUCGCUGGGGUUGUUUGAACCCGAUUACUUGUCAUUCGGGAUGGAAGGUUGA